AUGUGGAACCAAGGUAAGUUCACAAAUUUCCCAAUCAGUCUGUGAAAAAAGGACUUUGAACGGCGUCUCUGCUGUCUUGAUGAGGUUUGUAUUGUGCUUUCACAGCAUGCAGUCAGUCUCCUGCUGCGAAACGCAGCCACAAAGGAGUGAUAUCAAAGGUGUGUCUAUUUCCUGUCGAUACCUGAAACAAUUGUAAGGAUCUGAAGGAAAUGUUGUCCUGUAGUCUUGAAUGAAUUCCUUCACCCUGAUCUCUCCACAGAGCGCAUGUCUUCAGAUUUUACCGUGCACUGUGUCUCAGCUGCUGUCUGCUUCUCCAGUCAGCAAAGAUUCUUUUGCGUUCUGCGACCUGGGACUCAACCAGGUAAGAGCUGGAACACAAAGAGCCUAUUUCAGGAUGCAAAGAAGACAAGUCUACACAAUCCAAUCACUCAAUUUCUACACAAAUCUGUUAAUUGUGCAGGGUUCAAACGGAUGCUCGUUUACCAACAGCUGUCAAUGAGAUUAACUCUACAAUGAAACUUGGCUUAUUUGGAGAGAGUCUAAUGUAGGGGUGUCCUGAUACAACUUUUUUUUUACCUCUGAUACGAUGCCAAUAUUGUAGCCUGCAAUAUUGGUGAUACCAAUAUUGAUCUGAUAUUAGCACAAACUUGUGCAUGACAAGUUUUGUAUUUAACUGUAACGUCUUUUCCGACCUAAACAAAAAAUACCACCACACGGCUGACAUCACCCCUACUCCCUGCUACUUUGUUAGUACUUUAGUACACACUGUUGUUGUAAUCACGUGGGCUCUGCAUGCUGGAUCUGGGCACUGCUAGAUAAGGGUGCUGGAGCACAGUCUGGAAUGAACUUCUUGUACCAGAAUGCUGAUUUUAGAUAUGAUCUAAUAUCAAUAUGGGAUCAGGACAUCCCUAGUCCAAUCCAAACACUGUCAAUGUAAAUAUAUGCUCUACUAAGAAAUUGAUUGCCCUUUGCAGUCAGAAAGCCUAUUUGUGUUUAGUCAGGUCUGUGAGCUUCGAAAUGGACAAAAAUACAACCAUUCAAACCCCGACGCUUUUCAGUAUCGACACUUUUCUAAAUCAGAGGAUACCAGUGGAUCACAUACAGUCUGCAGCACUCGGCAACAAGAGUUUAUUACCUCACUAAACCCAGAUAUUAGAGCAAUUUUCUGCAAUCUUUACAAAUUUAGAAAACCUAUCAAGUAAGACAAAAGUGCAUCUUCACUGUCAUUUAACCAAUUGUACAUUCAGCAUGUAUCUUAUGAAAAUACUCUUCGCUAGUUGCUGAAGGACAGAGCAACAAAAACUACAGCCAGAGCUGUACCAGUCAGAAAAAGUACAGUGUUUUUACUUCAAAUUUCCAAACUGUCUUGCAACAAUAAUAUAAAAUUCACAGUAUAACAGUGACUCGUACAGCAUUGACCUAAUUAUGGGAUCUGUGCUGCAGGUUUCAAUUAUAGGACGUAUACGCUCACUGGCAUUCAAAACUCCAUCAGAAAAUCUGGCACUUUAUUUACAGCCAAGUUUAGAAGGAGGAAGAUAUACGCUCACUAAAGUGGCCAAAUUCAACAGCUUAAUUCCUUAUGAGGAUAAAUACCGAUGCUGUUUCUUGCUGCAGGUGUCUGUGGUGGGCAUUAUCAGAAGACAUGCUCCCUUUAAGAGCAACAUCCAGUACUCUGUGGAUGACAUGACAGGUCCACCUCUUAAUGUGAAGCAGUGGAUCAACUCUGAGGAAAGUAGCAUCCACGGGGUCUUCUCAGACCUACCGUGAGAAAUCAGAUGAGCACUUACAAGAAAAACUGUUUUUUAAAUUUAAUUAAAGGGUUCAAACUGUGUUUCCCAUAGUGUGGUGCUCCAAUGUCUCCUGGGACGUAUGUGAAGGUGAUUGGAAAUCUGCGCAAUUCCAGAGUAAGUGAUAAAACAAGGGUUCAGAAAUGAUAAGAUUAACCUGGGUGGAAAACAAAUAUUUACAAGCUAGUGUUGUGAAUUGAACCUUUAAGUGUACUCAUGCUUUUUACGUGUUGUUAAAUUAGGGUCAAAGGACGUUGUUGGUGAUGAAUAUCCGCAGUAUCGAGGACCUUAAUGAGAUCACAUCCCACAUGCUGGAGGUUGUACAAGCCCAUAUGCAUAUUUUUGGAAAGGUACAGGAGCACAUACAAAGUUUUGAUAAUAGGCUUUUGACAAACUUUAGUUUUUCAGGGUAAACUGCAAAGUUUUAACAAACUUAAAUUUUGGAGUUUAACAGAGCUUGAAUUAUAAGAUUGAAACUAAAACUAGAUUAUUUUCCUGAUUGCAUAAAAGUGGAGAAAUUGCUUUCAGAUUCUCCACAAAACUUUUUUUAAUGAUUUGUUUUCUGUGUGUUUAUUUUCCUCCAGGCUUACGAUGUGAAUAUGAACAUCACUGCAGCCGGUCCGUCUACAAAAGUCCCUGGAAACAGUAGCAUUGGUGAAUAUCCUGAAGACAUCUUCCCAAAUGAUGUUACUGAAGUUCAGGAUAAGGUGGGUGGGUUUCACUGUUCAGAUUAACCAAUUUACAGACCUGGUUUACAGUGCGAGUGACUUGCAGUGGUAUUUAGUGUUUUAAAAUUCUUCAGGAAUAACCCUUUGAAUGUGUAGUUUAAGGACACAAAAGUUUAGUCCAACAUCUGAAUACUGAAAAUAUGAGCAGGUAUAUAUCACCAAAGUGGAACCCCUGAAUAGUGCAAAUCAUGUCAGGACAUCAGUGAGUAACUAAAUGAUUCAGAAUACCUGCUCAACAUAUUUACACUUACUGGAUAUUUUCCAUAUGCACCCCUGCAUAUUUUUUUUUACAUGCGGCAGGUGUCGUGUAAGAAAAGAGAACCAUAAAUACUGUAUUUCAUAGGAAAAAAACAUUUAAAAACUUUACGUAAUGAAAGUGAGAGAAAACUACGUUGUGUUUUCAGCCUAACAACUUUUUUACUGAGCUGCAGGGCUGUAUAGUAAUUUCUCGACUGCUUUCAAAGGUGUACAGUGUCAUCAGGAAGUUUUCAGUCCAGCACGAAGGCAUCGGUUUGAAUGACCUGAAGGGACAGCUGGAAUACAUCAGUAUGAGGGACAUCAGGUACCUCUGGACUUUAUACUACUUCAUACCAUUAUCCUACUACUUUUAUUCAUCAUGCAAGCGAUAUAUGAUAAUAUUUUUACAUUGGUUUAACGGUGAUUGGCCCCUGACUUACUGCAGCAUAUGCUUCAUCUCUUUAUUUCCCUUUUUUGUGCAACAGAAGAUCUUUGGCGUUCCUGUUCGAUAGAGGUCAUAUCUUCUCUACCAUUGAUGAGCAUCAUUUCAAGUCCACAGAGUAUUAG